UAUGUCAAAUUUAUGAUUAAUCGAUUGCUGUCGCAAGCACGCUUUCUUGGUUAGGUAUUCUUUUUUGGUUUUAUUCUGGCGGCUUCGGGCCCGUUUUACGUAAAUAAUAAUGGCAGAAACAAUGAGGCAAACUAUUGCAACAAUAUUAAAAAGUAUCGAAAGGUACAAUCCAGCCAAUCUUCAAACGUUAGAGAGAUAUGUCGAAAUGCAGUCCAGAGAAAACACUUACGACUUGGAAGCCAACUUAGCAGUUCUAAAGUUGUAUCAAUUUAACCCGGAAAAGUUCAACGCAGAUAUUACGUGCCAAAUUCUUUUAAAGGCAUUGACCAACUUCCCGCAUACAGAUUUCACUUUGUGCAAGUGUCUGUUGCUUGAGUCGGUUGUUGAAAAUGAGACAAUCUCACAAAUAAAGUAUUUAGCUGAUAUAUUGGAGCAGUGUGAUUUUGCUCAAUUUUGGAAUAGAGUACACCAGAUGCCUGAACUCUGCAAUAGAAUCAGUAGUUUCCAUGAUUCUAUUCGUAAAUUCGUAUGCCAUGUUGUUGGAAUUACUUUCCAGACAAUUGAUAAGAACAAUUUAGCUAAUCUUCUAGGAGGAAUUGAUGAUGUCACUUUGAAACACUGGGUCAAGAAGUAUGGUUGGAGAGAUGACGGCAACUUGAUAUUCAUCGCCAAUCAAGAUGAGAAUAUCAAAACCAAGAAUAUUACAGAGAAGAUUGAAUUUGAUCAUCUCGCUCCUUUGAUGACAAUUUUGUAAACAGAUUUUUAAUAUACAGUUAAAAGUUUACAGUA